AAAACAAAGUCACUUGCUUAAAAUCCCAAGAAAUCCCUCUUUUUAGUUUGCUCCUCCCUCUCUGCAACAACCUUUACAGUUUCUACCUUAUCCCUUCUCUACCCCUAACAAACUCUCAAAAUCACCAAAUCAUACCAUGACAGACAAAGAGAGGGCCAUUCUCUGCUUCCAGACGUUACCAAACCUAAAAACUACACACUGCUCUCUCACGGAAACCACGCACCACCGCGAACCUCUGUGGAGAAACGCGCAAUUCAGUUGCAGAAUCCGGAGUGAUGGAAGCAAUGGCAGUUUUAGUAAUUUUGCUUCAGUCUCAAUGGCAGAGAAUAAGAAAGAUAAAGGAAAUGAGUUCGCGCCGAGUACGGCUCAGCUAUUGAAGCAUCCGUUAGCAAUACUGGCUUUUGUCCCGAGAGAUGCUGCGAUUUUUGCCGCUGGAGCUGUCGCUGGUGCCGCCGCGAAGACCGUCACCGCUCCGCUUGACCGUAUUAAGCUACUCAUGCAGAUUCAUGGAGUGCGGGCCGGGAAGGAAAGUGCUAAGAAGGCAAUUGGUUUCAUUGAGGCGAUAUUAAUGAUAGGGAGAGAAGAGGGAAUCAAAGGGUAUUGGAAGGGAAACCUCCCUCAGGUGAUUCGGAUCAUACCUUAUAGUGCCGUCCAGCUCUUUGCUUAUGAAACUUACAAGAAUAUGUUUAAGGGAAAGGAUGGUGAACUCUCAGUUAUUGGCAGACUUGCAGCAGGUGCUUGUGCAGGCAUGACAUCUACUUUUGUAACAUAUCCUUUGGAUGUCCUGAGAUUACGCUUAGCAGUUGAACCUGGGUAUCGCACUAUGUCUGAGAUUGCAUUAACAAUGUUACGGGAGGAAGGAGUUGCAUCAUUUUACUAUGGUCUCGGACCUUCUCUUCUUGGCAUUGCUCCCUAUAUUGCCGUGAACUUUUGCAUUUUUGACUUGGUGAAGAAGUCAUUGCCUGAGAAAUAUCAACAGAAGACUCAAUCAUCUCUACUGACAGCUGUGGUGUCAGCCGCUGUUGCAACUCUCACUUGCUAUCCUUUGGAUACAGUAAGAAGACAAAUGCAAAUGAAGGGUACACCUUACAAAUCAGUUUUGGAUGCCAUUCCAGGAAUCGUGCAGCGUGAUGGAGUUAUUGGCUUGUAUAGGGGUUUUGUUCCCAAUGCAUUAAAAACCCUUCCAAAUAGCAGCAUUAGGCUUACCACUUUUGAUAUCGUGAAGCGUCUAAUUGCAGCCAGUGAGAAAGAGUUUCAGAGAAUUGUGGAGGAAAACCGCCAGAAACAAAGCCAAGUUGCCAACAAGUGAACCAUCCUGGUAAUGGAUUUCUUUGUAUUGUUACCAACCAUCAUGGUUCCAUUAGUUUUUUGUUGUAGGCAUUAUGUUGCGCUUGUAACACAGGCCCUGAUUAUUUGUUGUAUUGAUUGCCUGAUUAAUGGAUAACAUUUUGUGCACUUGAGGAUCUUAAUAGUAGAGAAUUCUCUGCAUUCCUAACAGCA